GGGAGGUUGCAGACUGGACGGUAAUUUUUAAGGAUAGCUGGGUCCAGAGAAGGCUGGGUCCAGAGAAGAGUUUGCAAACACAAGUACACAAAAUGAUAAUCCCCAAGAUGAUUCUUUAAAUGGCAAUCCAGAGUCAAGAAUGCUGAAAUUUGUGAUAAAUUUGUUUUAGGUUAUGCAAAAUGUCUCAAUUUCAACCAUUUUGCAUGCAAAAUGCCUUUUCAGUGCAACCUACAUAUUUGAAUGAAAAACACUUCUAAUCAUUUUGUAACAUCCUUGUUACAAAAUCUUUUCAAAACAUGACUUUUUCUGAAACAGGAUAUAAAAACCAAUUAAUGUGCGUCAUUUGCCAGUUUACAUUUGCAUGCACAUUUAUGUCAACAUUUUAAUGUUUUUAAUGUUAAUUUUAACUCCUUUGGAAAUUCUAUUGAAUAUCUAAUAAAUACUGUACAUAUAAAUAAAGCCAAUGGCAUUAAACUGCUAAAGCAAAAGCCUGCCUAGGUCACUUAAGAUUUAGGAUGUUACUGAAUUCAGUGGCACAGCAGAGAGCAACCUCCUUUAAUUUCUGUUGAAAAGUAGGAUUUUCUAUUUGUUAGAUCAGUAUGAGAUUAUAGUUCACUGAACUCUGGUUAAAGCAAUUAUAAUAUUUUACCUUAAUAAUCCUGAUAAGCAUCCCAAAAUUUGUUUAUAAUCACUGUUGUGCCGAUGAGCUGCUUCUGUGAUAAGUAGCUUUCCUAGGACUAAUUGCAAAAAAUGGACUAUGACCUUGCUGCUCCUGAUUCUGAUGGCAUUUGGGGAGAGCAAAAAUGUCAUCCCCCCCCUCAUUUUACAAAAUAAAGCCUCCUAACCCGCCAAAGGUCAUCACCCCUCCCUCAAUCCCUUUCCCCAGCCAGUCUAGGCCUGGGAAACUUUCCUUUAGGAAAGGAAUGGAGCCUUUUGAACAAUCCUAUCCUUCUAGGGCCAGAGGUUACCAUGGCAGCAUCUUAUUUCUCUCCCACCCACCCACCCCCUUUUUUUUUGCCUUGCCUCAGCUGUCAUGGUGGCUUUCCGUUGCCGUGGUAACCAAGGGGCAAAUAAGGAUCAGGCGAAGGGGGCGAGGAGGUCGUGGGCUGGCUGCCACGAAGGCAAGAUCUACCCCCCCCCUCGCAAGGUGGGCGGAGGGGGCGGCGAUGUUUGGCUGGAGUAGCGGAGGAAUGGACAUCUCCCCCCCCCCCCACCCGCGCCUAUCUCACUUCUGGGUCCUAACUUUUUCCAGCCCAGCUUUCUCCAAACAGGUGUCCUCAUGGCAUCUGGGAAUGGUGGGAAUGUUAGUCCUAACACUGCUGAAAGGAGCCCCGUCCCCUUCCGCAUUUGCAAGAGCCUUGCGGACUUCCUCGUCUAGAGGUAGAGCCUAGAUGUCCCGGAAUCUCUCCUCCCGCAGUUGGCAUCCAACAGGCCGAGAAGCUCGGGUUUCGCAAGGAUCCUCUCUCACUCCAUCUUCAACCCAGGAAGUUCUGGCGCCGUCUCCAGCCCGCCGGUCCAGAGCGGUCAGCCCAGCCUGGGAUUCUCGGCUCUCCGUAACCCGCGCUUUAGGAAAGAAUCCCAGGCGUCCUGGCUUCAAUAGAUCUCCUGCCUCGGCCUGAGCAGAGAGAGCCAGAUUCCAGAGAUCCAGGCCCCCUCAAUUUCUCUCGCCUCGCUCCGGCAGGGAUCGGGUUCACGCCAGUCUUCCACGGGCUUCGGACCGGACCCUGGACUCUGCCUGGAGCGCUUCUACCCGCGGACACCACCGUGCAGCCCCCAGGCAGAGAGGAGACGGAACGAGGCGCCCGGGCCGCUGCCAGCUCCGCCUUCUCUCCAUGUGACAGGCGCCGUCACCGCUGCAUCCCCGGCGCUGCAACCAGCGGCCUGCACGGCUCGUCAGAGGCAGGAAGAAGAGCGGAUCCGCCCCCUCUCCCCCUCCCCGCACCUUCCCCCCCAUUCACCCUCCCCAGCACAUCCCAGCGAGCACCCACGCCGAGUGUGGCAAGGCGGUCCGGCGACGUCAAGGUCUUGCGGGGGACACUCGUCGCCUCCCCACGCGAGAGAGCCCGCCUCGCCGAGCCCUCCCGACGGCGAUCCAUCCCAGCGGAGAGAGCCUCAACUUGAGACCGGUCGGCAACCUCAAGUGGGACCAGCAGAGGUGGUGGGAAAGAGCAACAGGGCCAGCGGUCGAACUGAGAAGAAAAGUGGGAACUAGGGGACCGAGGCAGGUCGUUCUCGCCUGGGAAACAGCAAGCGGACUGGCAAGCUACUCACCCCCCCGGCGGCAGAGCUGGGCCCCCCUACCCAGCCCAUGGAGCCGCCGGGAUCUGGGUUGGGGGGCGCCGCCAUGCUCACUGUCAUGGAUCCUUCAGUCACUCUGUGGCAGUUUCUUCUGCAAUUGCUGGAACAGCAGAGCAAUGGGCAUCUGAUUGCAUGGACAUCCAAUGAUGGGGAGUUCAAGCUGGUGGAUGCAGAAGAGGUUGCACGACUCUGGGGCCUGCGGAAGAACAAGACCAACAUGAAUUAUGACAAGCUGAGCCGGGCCCUGCGUUACUACUAUGACAAAAAUAUCAUCCGUAAAGUCAGUGGUCAGAAAUUUGUCUACAAGUUUGUCUCUUACCCGGAACUUUCGAGUAUGGAAGGCAUGAAGGAUGAGGCAGGUACCAAAAAACCUGAGCAGGUCCCAGGUGAGGCCAAAGGGGGUGAAGGAGCAUUUGGUACUUCCAAAGCUCCCCGAGGAGGCGGAGGUGCCCCACGUAGCAGUCGAAAUGAAUACAUGCGUUCCGGACUGUACUCCACUUUCACCAUUCAGUCACUACAGAACCCUUCACCCGUUGGACGGCCCUCACGCCAGGAAAUAGAGCUCUUGCCUGUGGUGCCUCCUCUUGCUGCUGCUCCUGAGCCAAUGGCCCCCUUUUCCAUGGCCCCAGAGGAGGACCUCCCACAACUACAUAUAAGCAUUGAAGAACCAGAGGAAUCCCAAGAGUCCCUGCAGGUCAUAGUGGAGCCCAUUCCUCUGGAGACUCCUGUCCUUGAUGAGAAGGUGCUAGUGAAAGUGGAGGAGAACCUGGACCUUGACGAAGAGGCAGCUGCUCUGAUGGUUUUAAUGGAUGGCGGAGUGAAGGAAGAGACAGCUCCUCCUGAGAAGUCUUCUCCGGAGAAGGAAUCUGUGGAGGCCGAUCUGCAACAAGACGGAGAGAGGCUACUGAAGAAGGAAGCCCAGUUAUCUCCCAGCCUGGUGUCUGUUUCUCUUGAGGGACAGCCACAGAAGGGCAAGAAGCCUAAAGUCUUGGAGCUUCCUUCAUUGCCAACUCAAGAGAAAGUGAAUGCAGCUGUUAACAGCCUCCUGGCGCCGGGCGGGACGGGAAGCACCUUGACACCAACCACGGUUAUUUCCUCCCAUGCACUGACUCCAGUACUGCUCACCCCAAGUUCCUUGCCACCCACCAUCCAUUUCUGGAGUACCCUGAGCCCCAUUGCACCACGCAGCCCAGCCAAGCUUUCCUUCCAGUUUCCCAGUAAUUCUAGCUCACAGGUUCACAUCCCGUCACUCAGUGUGGAUGGACUCUCCACCCCUGUAGUCCUUUCUCCUGGUCCCCAGAAGCCAUAAUCUUCCCUCUGCAUCACCACAUUCUCUACUCCUGCCAAAGAACUGGCUUGAGUCUCUUUUCAAGCACUUGGGUCUACUUCAGCUAGAAGCUAUGUGUCCCUUCGUUAACUGGAAGAACCCUUUGAUGAUUCAAGCCACGUCAGCUUGAAGAAUGGAAAUGGCAUAGGCAAGCCGAUUCAUCCAUUAAUCUUUGAUCUGCCGGAAUUUUUCUUUGGAACCAAAUGGUGUUUUGCUGGUAUCAAGCACUUGAUGUGUCGCACUUGCUUCUUGUUGCAAAAUUCAGGCAGCCCUCAAAUAUGUCUGUGAGGGCAACGAGAAUAUAAGCUUUAUUUGGUCGCCUCUCCAAGAGGCUGCCUUUAUUUGACACUGUUGUGGCAAUAUGGCUUUCUUUAUCUGUCCCCUGUGGUGGUAGUCACUUUUAAUAACAGUUCAUCUGAUGGUGCAAGGUCAAGAAGGCUACCAAUCUUCAUCCACUUUGCAAGAUAAAUCAAGUAUUUGACUUCAUCUCUACCUUUUUUUUUUCCUGGCUUACUUUAGCUUAGUUAUUAUUAGAGAAGUAAAUAGAUCCUACCAGCCAGGUUCAUUUUCGGAGUAUACAAAGAAACCAGUGCCAGUCUUGUUUGUUUUAUCUAUAUAUGGACAACACGCUGAUAUGCAAGCCAUUUUUGUUUUGGCAGGAUAUACAGUCAUAAGGGAUUUUGGUCAGCUUUGAUCUUGGAUGGAUAGGUGUGGGAGUGCCAUAGCAACUCACAUCGGUUGCAGGUGAACAAAGUAGAGAAGAGGAAGCACUGUUGAUCAUGUUUCUUCCAAGAAUACUGAUAAGUCGUUAUUGUAUUUGAUUUGGUUUCAUAGGGAGGAAAAAUAAUGGGAUGUGUUUGCUGUGCAACACAGUAGGAAUAAACUGUCAGCCAUCUUCUAUUCGACCAGCAAAAGCAACAGCAUCAGUUGCAUUUAGUUUAAGCUCAGUUAAUGGUGAUUUUUUUUUUUUUUUUUAACUCACUGAAGUCAGAAUGUUUCUGGUAUUUCUUUGGGAGAAAAAUUCUCCAUCUGACACCAAGAUUAUAGCUGGGGAGGUUUUGAUCAUUUUCCCCCAUUGGUCAAAAGUCACCGAUUCGUCAAUGUGGAGACCAGAGAAUGAAGUCUGCUUACUGUAUUCAAGACCUAAUUUUUUUUUUUUGUAGCAGAAUGGUUUCCUUAAUUUAUUUCCUGGCGAUCAGAGGACAUGACAGAAAUGGCCAAAGGGGAAGUCUUUACCCUCUCUAUUUUUGACUGCUUUUUAUGGUUUCGUUUCUGUCAUCAUAGAAGAAAUAUCAGGCAUCAGCUAUUACGGUGGAAAAAUAUUCAUUACAGAUUGAUCCUGAUCUCACAUACCUCUCCAGUUUUCUUCCAACUCUUGAGUCAUCCUGGAAACAGCAAUGACAAAUCCACUAUCUUACAAUCUCUUCAAUUCCUGGAGCCAAAAAAAAAAGCUUUUUUAAAUGGAAACAGUGGAAAUGGUAUAUUUCUAUAGUUCCACAUUUUAUUUCAAAUGCACCAUAAAGGGACUCUGCAAAGGGCUGCGUCUCUUUAUCAGUGGGUUUAUUAGAACUCAUGUAUUCAGAUGACAAGAAUUUCAUCGCUAGUUUAUUGUGGGUUUUUUUGGGAGGUUAUCCAUAAAUAUUUGUUAAUGCCACAAAAGAUGUGCUAUUUCAGAGGUAUCAGCCAAUUCUUAAUCAGAGUUCCUGGCACCUUCUAUUUUUUCACAGAGUAUCUAUAUCUAUAUAUCACAAUUUUAUCUAUUGUCAAGAGAGUUGUAUUAAGAGAAAAGGAGAUGGUUCAGAUCUAUAUUUAUCUUUUCAUCUGUCCAUUUUGAUAGCUAUUUUUUAAACCACAGGAUGGGAAUGAAAGAAGAUUAUUUUAAAGUGAAGUUGGAAAGCAUUUCGCUCUCUAAUUGUUUGUAUGUACCUGUGUACAAAUUUUGAAGGGAAAAGGGCGUAGUGUGGAGAAAUGUGGUUUUGAAAUUAUUCCCAGUAGAGUUUGCAAUGGAACUUCAAUAAUGAUGGACCAGGUUCUCUAUAAGAACAGUUUCCAACUCUGAUGGUUGAAGAUCUCAAGUCUUAAUCCAAACUAUUGAGAAGACACCAGUCUGAAGCCUUUUCCAGGGUGUAUUUGGAGAGAAUAUGCGGUCCCAUAGACACUAACUUGCCUUGUGCUGAAGGUGUUCCCUGCAAUGUCCCUUGGCAUUCUUGGUAUCAUUCCAGGAAUACUAACAGCUACUGAGCAGUUCCUUAAUGUAUGGAUAACGAAAGUCGGCUCUGUAAGAGCAAAUCAGCACAUUAAUACCAGUAAGAAGGAUCGAAGCAAACAUUUGAUGAGAAGGUCAGGCCAGACUCUGAACUUGGGUAUUAGAAAAUCUAUCAUUGGAGAAUGGCUUCACUAAAAUUUGUGAUCACUGGGAUUUAGAAUGUCAGAAAAUCUGUGGGUUAAAAUCUUGCAUAUGAAUCAUGAUGAAAAUGGGCAGCAAGGUAAGGGACCCAGCUAAGAGAGCAAAAGAGGAAUGUGCCUGAAUUUUUUGCAACUAACAGGCUUACCUCCUCACAAUUUGUACUGUACUCCCAAGUGAUUUUUCUAUGCUCUUGGAGAAGUCUCAUUCAGUAUGUAAAACUUUAAUUAAAUUACUUGGGAAACUGACUGCAGAGAGGUGAACUAGGAGCAGGAUUUCACCAUCUAGAUGCCAACUUGCUUUUAACUCACUCCCUGCUCCAACCUUUCUAUGUGAUUGGUGUAGAAGUGAGUUUAAAAGAUAUGCCCAAUGGAGCGCUGUUGUAAUUUUGAAGUGUUGAGAUAGAAUCCGAUUUCAUAGGGAAUUAAGCAAGUCUACCUGGAUUUAUUCUGGCAAGAAAGAGAUGAAACUGAGUAGGAGAUUUAAGAUGUAAUCAAUAUUUUAGAUACUGGAUUUGGGAAGGCUUCAAAAACAAACGUUUAUAGCCAGAAAAAUAUGGUUUAUUUUUAAUCAUCCUGUUCUGUAGCAUUAAUAAUAAUACUGAUUAUAUUUUUGUUGCACUUCCAUAUUGCCUCCUCCUGGGAGAAAUCUAAGUGCUUUAUAAGAGGUGAUUUACAGUUUUAUUUAAUAAAUUAGGCACUUUGUGUGAUCAGCAAUCUGCAAAACAAUCAGGUACAAUUCAUGGGUGUUACCAUUCAAAUCAUGUGUAAAUCAUAUGUGAUUUGUGUAUAAGUAAACUGUACUUUAGAGUAAACUGUGAGCACAGCAUGCAUGUGUGGAGGGUAUGUGGGUAUGUAUGUGGGUGUAUACACACACAACACACACACAAUAUACAUAUACACACAUGCAUGCUGUACUCAUAUUCAGAAAAACAGAUGGAAAGGAAGGUUAUUUUGUGGCUGAGCACAAAGCAUUCAAGCUGAUGUGUAAAAAAUGAACAAAGCUUUAUUUUGUGGCACAUUUAUGUAAUGCCACUAGUUCAUCAAGAGUAAGUAUUUGCAUUGUAAUGGAUCUGCAGUGUACUUUCAUACAAUAACCUUCAGUUUUAUUUUAGCCUUCCUACAUGCAGGCCAUGAGUAAACCAUGCGUAGCCAUCAGUAAAAUUGCAAACAAUGUUUCUUGUAAACUGUAAGUGGAAUGUGGUUAUACUUUGAGUACACCAUAUGCAAACAAUGAAUAAGUCAUGUAAGCCAUUAUUGACCUAUGGUCAAGCCAUGUGGAAGCCGAUGCAAAUGUUCAAACCCUUUGAGGUAUGGUUGCUUUCUUAAGUCUUUGGCUUUCCACAUUAAACCUCUGUUUUUCUCAUGCAGGUGCCAUUGGGCUUGCCCAGUUUUAUUGAGAGCACCCAGCAAAGUAGCUUUACAAGAAUCUUGUCUAGGACCAAUGGCUGCUUCGGCACUCUCCAUCCUGAAGCUUGGUCUUCAGGGUUAAUUGCUUUAAAGUCCUAAUAGGGCUUAGGAGGGUGUGGCUCCCAGAGCCAAAUAGUAGCACUGCGGUCUCGGGCUCCUUUCCUCACUUCAACUUGUGCAGCUUUCAGAAACUUUGUGCUAGAGUAAGACAAUAUUUUGUAGCCAUAUAUUAUUGCUGACACAUACAACAAAGAUAUCCCUGCUAUGGCGGCAUGUUCAAGGAGCAAUUGCAAAAGGACUAUUAAAGAAGAUUGCAAAUAUUUUACAGAGAGGGAGAGAGAGAGAGAGAGAAGCACAUAGACACACACAGAGAUACAUGAUAAAGGUAUAUAUAUAUUCAGAAUACAGACACAUAGGUAUAUAUUUAUAUUCCUUUCAUAAGUAACUCUUCAGGAUUCAUAGGGCUAUGGAUUCCUUUAUCUUCAAAAAGAGGAAAACAGAUAAUUUAGAGAAUUCACUCUGAAAGUGCUUAAUAUCUUUCAAAUAACAUUAAUAAAAAUAAUUGUAAGUUGACAGUAUCCUAACCACAAAAGUAAAUUAAAUGGGGAUCUUUUAUGAUUUACAUUUUUAAGUCCACUGAAAUCCAAAAUCCAAUUUUUGCUUCCAAAAAUUUUAAUUGAACUGGGUGAAGGCAGUAGAUGUGAAUCCUUUUAUACUUUCCUCAUGGUGAAAUGAUGAAGUACUGUAAUAAACUGUGUACUGUAUCUGCUUGGCAAAAUGUUAAAUGAGGGAGAAGCAGCAGUAGCCUUAAAAUACUCCCCCAGUUUAAGCCAGGAAAUGUCCUUCUAGAACAGAUGAGCAUGAAAGUGCAUUUUCUCUCCAUUCCAUUAAAAUCCUCAAAUGCACAAGACAUAGCAUUCCUCACACUGUUCAAACAAUUGGUUUGAAUGUGUUUCUUUGACAAGAUUUUUGUACAGCCAUGAAAUAUUGCACUUUAUCCUCCACUUACAAGGUGGCAUUUAAAGGGAGGUGGCUUUUGAUGUAGAAGAGAGAAAAGUUACCGGUGAGAAAUUUGUAUUUCUACAAAAUGGCUAAAAACUGCAGAAGCUCUAGUUGCCAGCUGGCUAACUUUUCGAAAUGAGUAUGUUUAAUAGGAAAAGUUGCCACUAUUUUUAUUUUUUUUUAAAGGCAGAAAUUCUUUUGACAGUGCACAAAAGGCAGGAAUUAGCAGAUUCCAUUCUCAGUAGGAUGUUGAGCAGCCUUACUUGCCCUGAAAUUGUUAACAGACAUGUAUUCGUUUAAUACUGUUCGUGAUGACAGUCCUGAAAGACAGCCAUCCAGUUUGCAUACUUAAGACCUUGCAGAAAAGGAAUCUGGAAAAUAAGGCAAGACUCAAUCUCAUAUGUAUGGCUAGUGAAUUUCAAAACAAUCCCCUUAUUUAAGACUGAAGUCUGACCUCUUCCAGCAAGGAUCCAAGUCUCUGCAAUAAAAUAAUCAAGUGAAAACAAAAUUAUAGAUCAGAUCAUUUCACUUGACAAAUAAAAGCCCCCAGUCUCUACCAGGAAUCGUAAAGCACCAUAAAAUCUUAUUAAUUGUCAUGGACUAGGGCACCAAUUGUAAUGUCAAUGAACUUCCAUCCCAAAGAACUAAUAAUACCACAGUAUCAUUGAUUCUAAAGACCCAUUGAGGUUUGUGUUUCUUCACAAAUGAAUCAGGUAUACCAUUUAUUUUUCCUGGAAUGUACACUGGGUUGCAGUUGUCAGUACAUUUUGCUCCCAUUAUAAAGUGGUUUUUUUCUGCAAUGCCCAACUGGUACAUCAGUUGUUUAUUUGUUAAUGAAAUCACGGUGGUGGUGGUAGAGAAUUGGACAUGGUGGAGCAUUGCUGUGUAACAAGAGUACAAUCCAGGAAAAAUAUUAUUGCUCAUUUCUGUGGUUUAUAUAAAGCACUAUGACUUUAUUUCAUUCCAUUUCACAGUCUGCAUUUUGCAAGUUUUUCAGCUUGCAUUUGGUCAUAUUUUCAAGAGGCUGCUUUUAGAUGAUUUUGAAAAGAUGGGACUAAGAAGAUAGGAUGAUCUCUGACCCCCCCUCCUCCCCAAUAGGACUUGAAUAAAAUAAAGCUGGAGCCAACCUGCAUUAAGUUGGCCUGGUCAUUCUUGAUGAAAAGGGCUAAGAGCUUGAUCUGUCAUUCUGCAAAGCUUUAAUGGGAAUGUGUAUCCACAUCUUUCGGGCUUAUGUUUGACCAUAGAAAUACGGCCGUAGCCUCCAAAUUUAAUUGGGAGAAUGUCAGGGGAAAAUGCUAAUUCCCUCGUAGUCCCUGAAUGGGAUACUUUGCAUGACCGAUUCCAAGAAUAUUUGAUUUAAUUUAUAGCAAGAAAAUGUACCUAACACCUACAAAAAAUCAGGAGUGUCUUUUUUGCCUUUCUCACUUGAACAUGCUGAGUCUAUGAUAUUCAGAAUUUAUUUCUUUCUCAGUGGCACUUUGAGUUGCUAAGAGUGCCAGUGUAGCAGGGAUUGGUGAGAUAAUGUGAAAAGAACAGGGCAAAAUCCAGGGAUUUAACAUUUUUGGUUGAAGUAGAGAUUUUGUUGGGAUUCUUUUUCCCAUGGAGGAAGUCCUACAAGAUGGUCUGGGAAAUUAUUUAUUUUCCCUGUUUCUCUUCAUUGUUGAACUGGUCUUGGUCCCUGAACCAGAGGUGAUGGGGAUCUGUCCCUCUCUAGUUACCUCUGCACUGGGGUUUGGAUCCUGUUUAUUUUUAUGACGAAACUCUGGGAUCCUGCCCUGUAAAUAAAUUUAUUUUUCAACAAAACG